GGCGGUCCUGCCUGCCCGGGGUGCCCUCGACCCGCCAGGGGAGAGGAUGCCCCGGGGCGCCCCGCUUUCCCCCUUGCCGUUCGAGUGCAGGUCCCCUGCACCCCCGCCUCGCCGCUGGCCUCGCCUCCGAGAGGGAAGUGCCUCGAGGUGCGGGGUGACCGCUCCCGUCUUCCACCGGACGAGGCCAGAAGACCCGAGGGCCAGCCCCAGACCUACACUCCCCCAUCCCCCGCCCCGGCGCUGCCUGCCCAACCUCGCCGCCCGGGGUGGGUGACCCGAGUCACAUGGGGUCGGGGCUGCUCCCAAUUCCCUGCUUCCUUGGCUGCCUCCUAAGCAAGGGAGUUCUGGAACCGUCUCAGUAAGGAAACUUUUGCCUGAGACUUGUCAAGGGCGAAGGGUGACAGGUGGUGGGCCCUUUGGGGCAAAGAUACGAAACUUCAGGGAGUCCUGGGUACUGUGCUGGCAUCAGGAAAGAGUAAACCCAUGCAGUUAGUCUGAAAAAAUUAGCAUCAGUGGUUUUUCGCCCCAUUGUCACGGCGGGGCAGGAUGUUUUGCCUGUAAUCAGUAUGCAACACGUCCCACUCUCCUUUUUGCUUAAUAAGUGGGGGCAGGAGAGGGGGGGUUCCACCUCAUUCUGUACUAUUUAAAUAAAACUGUGCCUUGGUAUGAAGAAUCUUUGGCCUAAAAAGUGAUGCAAAGCCUGUGCAGGUUGAGUCAGUGAAUCACUGUCGUCUUGGAUCAUAGACUCUGCUUCUGUUUGACAGCAUUUUUAAAACUGAACUUUGCUCUUAAGUGAAUUUUAUUUCUGCACUUUCGGAGAAUUGGAGAAGGUGAUUCUUAUUUCAGCGACAAUUCUAUUCCUUAUUCUUAGUAUCGAAUAUUUUGUACUUUUUAUGAAAGGCAUUUUGGCAGAUUUGAGAUACAGGGCCUGGUGGUUCAGGUGCAUCAGGAAACUCCCAUCUGGGUAGCAGUUGUACCGGAGUUUGCUACAGUUUUCAGCAGAUUUUCAAGCAGUGUUUUUUCAAGUGGGAUUUUUUGUUGUUGUUGUUCAGGAAGUUCUUAAGCAACUCCUUCUCAGUCACUCUUUUUUUCUUUUUUCUUUUUUUUUUCUUUUUCUUUCUCCCAGGAUUGAGGAGAGGAAAACUUCUCCCCGGGAGUGGGGACCAAGGGGCAAUGAGGGGAGAGGAGUCAGCUCUGAGCCCUGGUACCCCUGCAGCUAAGCUGUGUAAAACAGUUGUGUUUGUCCCAUCUUAAUGUUUAGCACAAAGCUAAUUGAGGGCUCUUUCAAGGCUGCAGACUCCGCCUUGCCAGUCCUUAAUUGAAGGUACCUUUGUAUCCUGAUGCAGCCGAACUUCUGGAAUUAUGUCAAUAAAUAGAGUCAACAUAGUAACUGAUUACGAGCCAGGUAAACACCUGGUCCUUGUUGUGCACCGGCUCCUGAUGUGACCCUACUCUAACAUUGGCAAUGAGAUGAAGUAAGUCACAAGACAGCUCCUUUUUUUGAGUUGGCGUGAUUAGAAGGUGGACGGCAAAAACGGGUUUUCAGUUAUCCGGACAAGUGACCCGAGUAGUGCCGUGGCUGUUAAGAUAGAUGGACCAAAGGUCACAGUGCAGUGAUCAGAGAUAACUCGGUUUGAAUUAACCUGUGCGAGUUGAACGCUCUGUUUUGAUACGCUUUUCACAGCUGCUCUUCUUCCCCGUUUGGGAAAUCGAAGGCUUUCCCGUGACUUACCCUGAUUUGAGGCUUGGUUUGGGAGUCUUUGAGUUUUGAAUGUGCUCUUAGAAGACUGGGUGUCGGGUUAAAGCAGGAUGCCUGGGGAACGAACGGAACUCUGAGUGAUGAUGUUUGAUUCUCGACAUUUCGUAAAUGUCUUGUUGAGGGGCUCAGAAAAUCUUAGCCGCAGUUGCUUCCAGAGCCUGCAGCAUGAUUUUUUUCCUUCACCAGCUCUGGUUCUCUUGUGACUCCCCUCUAUUAAAACUGUGUAAAAAGUGAUCUUAUAAAUUAGAACAUGUUAAAAUCCUUCAGAAGGAGCAAUUGUGUGAAUAGUGUUUGCUUUUCCAGGCUCUAAUUUUAGGACUGUGAACAACCGGCUUUUUAAGCUCUGCAGGGUUGCGGGUGUUUUGAUGUUGGUCUCGGUUUUUGGAGGAGGUAUGCGGGUGCUGGUGGACGCGCGUGAGAAGCUUCAUAUCCCGUGGGGAGACGACUCAAACCAAGUCAGCGGGGACAAGAUGAUGGCAUUUGACACACGGUCCUCCAUGGCGGCCCAGGGAAUGGUGGAAAGUCAAGUGUUUUUACAGUAUCUCCCGGUUAUACGAGCAUUGUGGGCAGACAGCGGCAUACAGAACGCCUAUGACCGGCGUCGAGAAUUUCAACUGGGUGAAUCCGUAAAAUAUUUCCUGGAUAACUUGGAUAAACUUGGAGAAGCAGAUUACAUCCCAUCACAGCAAGAUAUUCUGCUCGCCAGAAGACCCACCAAAGGCAUUCAUGAGUACGACUUUGAAAUUAAAAAUGUUCCUUUCAAAAUGGUUGAUGUAGGUGGUCAGAGGUCAGAAAGAAAGCGGUGGUUUGAGUGCUUUGACAGCGUGACGUCGAUACUUUUCCUUGUGUCCUCAAGUGAAUUCGACCAGGUGCUUAUGGAAGAUCGACUGACCAAUCGCCUGACAGAGUCUCUGAACAUUUUCGAAACGAUCGUCAACAACCGGGUUUUCAGCAACGUCUCCAUAAUCCUUUUCUUAAACAAGACAGAUUUGCUUGAGGAGAAGGUGCGAAUUGUGAGCAUCAAAGACUAUUUCUUAGAAUUUGAAGGGGAUCCCCACUGCUUAAGAGACGUCCAAAAAUUCCUGGUGGAAUGUUUCCGGAACAAGCGGCGGGACCAGCAGCAGAAGCCCCUGUACCACCACUUCACCACCGCGAUCAACACGGAGAACAUCCGUCUGGUUUUCCGCGACGUCAAGGAUACUAUUCUUCAUGACAACCUCAAGCAGCUCAUGCUGCAGUGACGUGCAGAAGACUGGCUGGUUUCAUACCUUGUGUCCCUUUGAUUGUUUUCUGUGUGUUUUGUUUCUUAACAUAGCAGUUUACAGCAGGAAUUAGAAGAGUCUUGAUUCUGAGUUUAACUUCUGGGAAACCUUAGUCGUCCUCCCUGCGGACCUUGGUUUGUGGCGCAAAGCUGCCGAAUAGCACACGCCGAGCCCUGUCAGAGUUCAGCCUUUGCUCUGUUUCACUGUGGCUUCCACUUGACGGGGGUGUAGUUCCCUGCCGAGCGUCUUCCUAGGUACAGUUCAGCCUUUAGCUUCUUCCCCUCUUCCAGCUGAGUUCUCCUGUAGUGCCAAGUAGAGAAGGUGCCCUUGACUGUUUCUCGGGAUGAGGUUAAGAAUAUCCGGUUCUCAAACAAGCAAGACCCCUUUUUUGUCGGCCCUGCCCACGGCAGCGACACCUGUGCCGAGCCUUACGGUGACCUGUUUGAAAGGUGACCUGUUGGAAAAAAGUUUGAUCUAAGGACUGGCAUUCUGUAGAUGCACACAGAUUUAGCCUUCGUGUGUUUUUAAUUGCUUAUAUACCCAACAGUUGUUUCAUUUUAAAAUUUCUGUGGUUUCUCAAGGUAAUGUUCUUACUUAGUGUUUUAAAGUUUACAUAAGGAUUCCUGGUCUGAUGCUAACGAAAGUUCACGAAUGGUACGGGGCAGGGGGCGGGGAGCAAGCAAAUGCCUUACAUAGUGUUUUGAUCCAAAGCGACGAGUGAAAUAUAAUUUGCCCUUUUCAUGUUUAAAUCUCAUGUAAUAAAUGUGCCAUAUGUGAAACGUUCUGGCCAAGCAGCAACUGAAAAUGGCAAGUAGCUUGAUAAGGGAGCUUUCUGGAUAAACAGAGCCUCUCCAGGACGUUCUGUGCUUUUACUUCUCGGACUUUGACGUCCUGUCCCGGGAUUCGGGUCCUCGCUGUAGAGAAGAGCUGUUGUGGCCGUCACAGACAUCUUUUUUCUUUUGCUCUCCUGCCUGUUCCCAUCAGCUCCGGCCUGGCGCCCAUGGGAGGUUUUGUUUAUUUGGCAGCUUGCCGAGGGCAGAGUUUUCCUGUCAGGCUCCUCAAGAAGGCAUGAUCUGAGAUUCCUGUUCAUUCUCGGUGGCUCUCUGAAAGACGCAGCACGUACAUGCUUGUCUCGUUAUUGCUUAUGAGCUUCUAGCUUUGCUGAGGUACAUUUGGAAUGUUUUGAGGCUGCUUCUAAGAAUAAAUAGUAAUUUCUUCAGUUCACACCGAAAGAGGAUCCCAUAUGACCUCUCCUCGCCCCUCACCGACCUGCGGGCGCACCCCUGAAGCGGCUCGUGAUGACGGGUCUGGUCAUCGUGAGCUCAGCGGGCUGGCUGGUGUCCUGGGGACACCGCCCGGCCGGUUGUGUGGCAUGCGACCGGGACUAGAGAGACAGGUGCCCGCGGCCGGUGGCCGUUUGCAGAGUCCAGCAGCUUUUCGCCUUUUCCUGAAAAUUGUGAUUAAGACUGUGAUAUCUGCCACUUUACUGUAGAGCUGUGUUCUCAGGUAUUCCGUUGCCUCGAAGGUCCUUGCGAGAUGGGUCAGCAUGACGGCUCACGCGGCCUUUCCGAGGCCGCGGCUCUUGGUCCGUCUGCCGUCUGGCGGGAGAAUAGGGCUUUGCAGGGAGCGAACCAGGGGUUGCUCGUGCCGUUCCUGACCUUUCCUGCGCUUCCGGCACCGUUCUACCUGCGGUAGCCUCGCUGUUUCCGUGCCUCGGUGAUGCGCGAGCCACAGACACGCAGCCCUGCGUCCUCGUGCGGGUGGUCACGGUAUACAGUCCACGCGGGUUUGAGUCCUUCCGCAGCCGGUGCUUCUUGCCAAGAAGAGCGUGGUGUCCCAGUUCACAGAAUUAGGAUUCAAGCUCAGUGCUAGGGAGUAUCCGAAUGUGUGCACAGUAGCAUUGGGACUUCUUGCUGGAGAGUCUGUGUGUGGAUUUUGCAGAUGGUCCCCUGGCCUAGCCAAAGCCAUUGGCCUCCAGUGGAGGCUCGAGUUCGUUCCCUGCAGAAGAGGCAAGUCGGUCUUGUUUAUUCAGUUCUGUUGAAUAUUGACGACCUGCACGCGGAGCAGGCCCGUUGCCUGACGAGUCCCCCGGUGACCCCCUUUUGACUGCCUCCAAGCAGUGUCAGAACGCCUCGUACGUAAUGGUAUUAUUUUCUGUACCUGUGAGUUCUCGAGCUCUCCUUCCUGAUGUGCCGCCUCCGAUGUCUCAACGUUCUUUUAAAGCGAAACCUAGGCCGUAUCCUGAGGCAGCAGAUCACUUGUAUUGAAUGGCACGCUUGUUGAGACAGAGGAAGUGCGAGGCUCAGUCUGAAGGCUUUGGUCCACCCUUUUGGAAACCAUCGGAAGGAGUCUCCUACCUGUAUUGUGAAAACUGGGUCCUUUGGAAACACCGCUGUGCGAAGGAGGAGGUGAAAUUCAGGACCAAACGAAAGGGCGCUCGUAGCUUUCACCGCGCCACUUUCUCAGAGCAGUUGUUUGGUGUGUUGGCUUUUCAAAGUCUUACUGGUUAUGAUUUACAGUAAGAUGUGCCUGAUUCUCCAUUAUGUUGUGUUCUUUGAAUCUGAAUGUCUUGUCCUUUAAUUCUUGAAAAUGUCACACAAGUGUCCUCCUUGGCCUCAAAGAAAUGUAGAGCAGAGUUGCCUUAUAAGUCAAAGAACACCACGCAUCUGGGCCUUGAUUUUUAUAGGGAAAAGGUUUUGUCACGUUUUCCGAAGAGCCACAUCAUUUAAGGCUUGCCCCUGCCACUUAAAUAUUAUUUUUUGAUAGCCCGAAUCGUUGCUUUCUGCCAAAUAGCGUAUGAAUCGGAAGUGUUCGCUUGAGUGUUACUGUCUGGAAAAGGCACUUGGGUGGCGAGACGGCAGCCACGGCCAAAGAAGGUGAUGUGGCGUGAACAGGAUCCUCCGUUUUUGUUUCGUUUUCUUGGAAGUCGCCCUGGUGGGUAUUUCACAUAGUGAAGAUCCUCUGGGCGAUCUCUCAAGCGGGUUUGUCUGGGGCAGCCCUCCUGCACCCGGUGACGGUGGCUGGUUUAAAGCAGAAGGAAGUUAAGAGUACGCGGAUACCAGAAAUGAUUCGAAGUUCCGUUUGGACGCAGCAGAAAUCGUGGGCUCUUUUUUUUUCUUUUUCUGUAAGAGAGAAUGAGUAAAUCUUAACCUCCGGCGUAACCCCAAAUACUUGUAUUUAUGCUUUUGAUAAGAUGUAUUUUCAGCAUUAGUCCACAUAACCGGUUAUGCCUUAUUUAUGUGAAGAAUGAAGUUACCAAGUUCUGUUCUGUUCUGUUCUGAGAUUCCAGUCACUAUUUGAGAAGGCCUCAGAUUGGUGCUUUCAUUAUGUAAUGAUACAUUUAGACAAAACCCCAAACCAAGCCAUCUGAAACAAGGUUCUCUCCAUUGCAAUUUGUAGCAGUGUCAUUUCUGUGUAUGUAAUAAGAAGGCUAAAUAUCAGUGUUAACUCUGAAUUUCUUGUUUGAAAUCCAUGAAAUCAUGUCUGUAAAGCUUAGUCAAACAUUUGUAACAAACUCCCCAAUAAAUCUAGAGAAAGACACUCUGUUAACCUUUUUACUGCUUUUAGUUUUAUUUAAGGAAUCAAGAGCAGAAGUUUUGCCUGUGUCUUUUUCAGUUCAAAGUUUGACUUAGUCCAGGGGUCACCUUGUGUCGCUUUCCUGUCAUUUUCCCGUUGUGCUGCUGCCUGCACAGGGACUGAUUUUCCUUUCUUGAUAGGAAACAGGCUGGCCUUCCAGCCCAGUAAACUCGAGGAAGGGGGGAAUGGAUGAGAGCUUGGGGGGGUGGGGGGCGGGGGUGGCGGUAAUGAGUCUCCACAUUCCAAAUACGGCAGACGGUAUAAUACAUACAUACCCAUUAUUUCAUGGUACGAGGUUAGGGCUUAAUGAAUUUAUGCUAGAGAUUGAAGUGUAAGUCUAAGCCUGAACACUUGAAACGGGUUGGACUUUAUGGCUUUUUCAAGUCCCAUCAAGGCAAUGUUAGCCUUAGGCCGGUAAGUGAUGAGUAACAUCAUGUGAAGGGCAGUGUUUGUACCGCUAUCAUUCUUGUGUCUUUACUUGAAUGUAUAGUUAGCGUUGAGUCAACGUGUGCAUCCUUGUGGCAUCCAGGUCUAACCCAUCUGACCUCGCACGCCAGAGCUCAGAUGGAACAAAAAAGAGUUAAGGAUGGGGCAGUAUCUUCUCGGUUGGUGGGAGGUUUUGGAAUCUGUCCAAAUCUGCUGUUGAUAAUGACAAAAAUUUCCAGAUGGAUCGAAGUAUGCAAGGACCCACCAUGCAGCACCUUUCAGUCUGUGGGUGUCGUGACAGAAAUAUGCUAGCUACUUGGUAUCUGAUUUGGGUUUGCAUUCAGAAAGCUUGUUGAUGAUGUCUCUUGCCAUAAUAAGUGAUACCUUUGUCCUCAGUUACGCCUACUCGAUGGUACCAAGGGGGAAACACAGAGGGAGCAGGAAGGGGUGAAUUCUCGGGAGGUAUAUGUAACAGCACAACCAGCUUCACCUCUUACUUGAAGGCAGAACGGCAAAAUGUUUCAAAUGGCUUUUCUGUACUACUCCACCGUGAUGAGAGCUCAUUUACCACAAGAAGCCUUAUCAAAAGUAUAUUUUGUAACAACCUCACAGAUCCUGUACCCAACAAAACAUGAUUUGUAUUAGCUUUGUAUAAAAGUAUUUGUGGCUUAGGAUUUUUUAUACAUAUUAUAUCUUUUUAUAACUUUCCAGGAACUAAUAAGCACAUUAUCUGAUACUGUUGUUGUAAAUUUUUUUCUGUCGGUGCUUUAGUUCAGGGAUUGGCAAUAAAUUAUUUCUAAAGGAGGUCUGAAAGUGGAAAGGAUGGUUUGAUUUUAUAAAAUGAGUUGCUAGUCAUUAAGGCUUUUUACUUUUGUACAUACUUUGCAAAAACUUUGCCUCGUGCUAUUAAUACUCGCUUUGUAAAAAUUACUGACACUUAAUAAACAUUUAUAAACUAUUCAA